AUGGGCAUAAUGAACAUUCUAUCCGAAACCUCGAUGCAAACAACGCUUUGGGGGAAUAAAUGUUGUCUUUUGCUAUUGUACAACCGCCUGACCCUCUUUGGUCAUUAUCGAAAGACUUGGGUCAGCGUUGCAACUUACACUGGGCUCGCAUACGUCGCGGUCAUUGUUUCUCUGUACGGAGGAUGGUGUAGGCCAUUUUCUGACUACAUGGAGCUUCAGCCAGAGAACCUGGAGUGUUUGACAUGGGAGCACUACAACAUUUUGCAGAUCACAAUGAACCUUUCAACGGAUCUUGUGCUUCUUCUAAUUCCUGUCACACUUAUCAGUAGGUUGAAGAUGAAAAUCGGGAAGAAACUCCUUCUCAUCUGUUUAUUCAGCAUGGGUGUGUUCGUUAUGCUCUGCGCGAUCCUCACCAAGGUCGCCGUCUUCACCUUCUCUACCGACCCCGUUUGGUUCAUGUGGUGCGUGCGCGAGGUGAGCACCGCAAUGCUGGUCGGCAACCUCGUCCUCGGCAUGCCCGCCCUCCGCGCAGCGUGGCGGUGCGUUUUCCCCCAGAGCAGGAGCGCGCCACCGCGAGACGGAGAAUCCUCUGCGGGUACGGGGGAUACAUAUGCUACGUACGCUGCGAAAAAGGUUACCCGCGUUGGCUCGGACGCUUGGUCGUCCGCGGAACGGGGGGGACCGUCUAAGCCAAACUCUCCUCCCGCGAGGGUCGCUAUCAGCAGCGUCUACACGGAUUUCGAGCUUUACGGAAAGGCUGUGGUCAAGGAUGAGAGUAAAAUGGCGAUAGGGGCAGACAAUGUGUGA